AUGAGUGCCAUCUUAUCUGCCGAUGAUCUGAACGACUUCAUCACGCCUGGAGUGGCGUGUGUGAAGCCGGUGGAGUCGUCGAACGCCAAGAAGGCAGACGGCCGCGGCCCGGUCGAUAUCCAGAUCGACGCGCAGGGCAACGCCCUCGAGGUCGAAAUCGAUGGAUCGAGCUCGCGGCUCCAGGAGGCACAGAUAUCGCUAGCCGACUGUCUGGCAUGCUCCGGCUGCAUCACCUCGGCCGAAGAAGUGCUUGUUGCGCAGCACUCCCACAAGGAACUAAUCAACGCGCUCAAGCAAGACCGACACAACAAAAAGUUUGUCAUGAGCAUUAGUCAUCAGUCGAGAGCGUCUUUGGCAGCGGCACUGAAGCUGACGAUCGAGCAGGUCGACAAGAUGCUGAUCCACUUAUUUGUGAACCAUCUGGGAUUUGUCAGCGUGGUAGGCACCGGGCUAGGCCGUGUGAUAGCAACCGAUACGCUGGCGCACGAUAUAGUCGAGGGCAAGCAGAAUGGCGCUCAGGGGCCUGUGCUCACCUCAAUCUGUCCCGGCUGGGUGCUCUACGCUGAAAAGACUCAUCCACACAUUUUACCGAAACUCAGCACGGUGAAGUCGCCGCAGCAGAUCACCGGCUGCAUUUUCAAGAGACUAAUAGGCAGACAAUAUAGUUGUUCGCUGGACCAGGUGUACCAUCUGUCAAUCAUGCCGUGUUUUGACAAGAAGCUGGAGGCCGCGCGGCCGGAGCACGAGACGCCUGGGGAGGCGCCUGACGUAGACUGUGUGAUCACACCGAGAGAGCUCAUUCAGCUACUGCAGGACGAGAAAAUUAACAUUGACAAGAUCAUCAAAGAGGUCGAGCACGACGCGACGCCGAUCUCGCACAUUUAUGAGCAGUAUGCGCCCCGCGACUGGCCCGACGCGGAGGCGGCGUGGCUCAACUGCGAGGGCUCGUCGUCAGGAGGGUAUGCGCUCCAAUAUUUAUUGCACUUGCAAAAAAUGCACGAAAACACAGAGAUCAGGACGAUAAACGGCAGAAACCCGGACAUUUACGAGCUACGGCUCGUGCGCGGGUCGGAGGUACUAGCCACGGCGGGCGUGGUGAACGGAUUCAAGAAUAUCCAGAAUUUGGUGCGCAAGCUGAAAAAUGGUAGCACCAGAGUGAGCGGUGGACUUGCGGCGAGACGACGCGCGCGCAUGGCCCAGGACGCGGGCGAGAAGCAGGAAACAGGCCCGGAGGUGCACAAGUGCGACCUCGUGGAGGUGAUGGCGUGUCCCGGGGGGUGCAUCAACGGCGGCGGCCAGAUCAGCGGGCCGGCAGAGGUUGCGUCGAAAGACUGGGUCGAGCAGACCAGACACCUCUACACCAGCAUUUCGGUGGCCGGAGUUGUCACCAGUAGGGUGCGAAACUGGGUUGACUCGUUUGAAGUGGAGUUCGGGUUGAGCGAGGAACGCACGACGCGGACCCAGUUCAAGGCCGUGGAGAAACCCACGGACACGACGUCGAUCGCGCUCGGGUCUCGCUGGUAG